UGCUGUUGUUGUGAUUGUUGAGUAGCUGAGUUCAUUCAUCAAUUUAGACCUUUAUUUGGUCAUUGUUUCUGCUGGAUUCUCUGCAAAAGAGUGAUUCAGCCUCUUCUUUUAUGAUCCCUGUAGUGAGAGAACACAUAAAAAUUCUCGAAAAUGAUCCAAAUCCUCGUGUUUUAAUCAACACUUUCGACGCGUUAGAAGAGAAAUCACUGAAGAUUUUGGAGAAAAUUGGGUGGUUGGAUUUAAAAGCUGAGGGUUCAGUUGUUUAUAUAUCAUUUGGGAGUUUAGCUGUGUUAAAAGAGGAGCAAAAGGAAGAGAUUUUGAAGGGUUUAUUGGAAAGUGAAAGGCCAUUUUUAUGGGUAAUUAGAUUAAGCAAUGAAGAUGGCAAGAACAAGAAUGUAAAUUAUGGAUUGAAUGGAAAAGGAAUGAUUGUCCCUUGGUGUUCACAAAUGGAGGUACUUUUUCAUAAGUCAAUCGGAUGUUUUGUGAGUCAUUGUGGAUGGAAUUCGACUCUAGAAAGUAUAGUAGCGGAUGUGCCGCUGAUUGGGUACCCACAGUUCUCUGACCAAGUGACAAACAGCAAGAUGGUGGAGGAAGUUUGGGGAACAGGUGUGAGAGCUAGAGCAGAAGAAGGAAUUGUCAAAAGAGAAGAGUUAAAAAGGUGUUUGAAAAUUUUAAUGGGGGAUGGAGAGAAAGGGAAUGAAAUAAGAAGGAAUGUGAAGAAAUAUAAAGAUUUGGCUAUGGAAGCUGUGAAAGGAGGAGGUUCCUCACAUUAUAAUUUGAACAAGUUUUUAGAUAGUUUGUAAGGCAUUUUUCUCUCUCUCUCUUUGAUGAUUUUCAACUUGGUGUCAUUAUUUGUUUGGAGUUCGACUAAUUCGAAUUUGCAUGGAAAAAUUUGGGGGUGAAGCCGCUCUCCAUCAAUAGUGACUUCAUAUUCAGGGCUCGAAUUCUAAAUAGCUGAUUAAGGAUGAGAGCGUACUUAGCACUCUGUCACAAUCUUUAGCUCUUUUGGUAUGAGAGAUAAGGGACAAUAAUUUCGGGAUUAAAUUUGAGAUGAAUUUAUCUUAUAUUUGAUUAGGAUAAAAUCGUGAUAUUAUUAA